AGUCCGUUUUCGUGAGCGGUCGUGGAUUCGCUUAUGCACACGGCUUAUCACAUAUUUUUUGUGAAGAAAAAAUCAUAAAAAAACCAAAAAAAAAUUAAAAAUAUAAAAUUAAUAAAAAAAAAUUGUAAAAAGUAGCAAAAAAUUCGAGCAAGUGUUGAAAACGAGGACCUAAUUAUCAAAUAUGGCUUCUCUAUACGUGGGUGAUCUACACCAGGAUAUUAACGAAGCGGGACUUUUUGAAAAGUUUUCAACUGCUGGCCCAGUUCUCUCCAUUCGUGUCUGCCGUGACGUGGUAACCCGCCGCUCAUUGGGCUAUGCCUAUGUCAACUUUCAGCAGCCAGCCGACGCUGAGCGCGCCCUUGACACUAUGAACUUCGACUUGAUUCGCAAUAAGCCCAUACGCAUUAUGUGGUCCCAACGCGAUCCCUCUCUUCGGCGCUCUGGUGUUGGCAAUGUGUUCAUUAAGAAUCUGGAUAAGGCUAUCGACAACAAGGCCAUUUACGACACCUUUUCUGCCUUUGGCAACAUCUUGAGCUGCAAAGUGGCCACUGAUGAUAAGGGAAAUUCCAAGGGAUACGGCUUUGUGCACUUUGAGACCGAGGAGGCUGCCAACAUGUCCAUUGAAAAGGUAAACAGCAUGUUGUUGAACGGCAAGAAGGUCUAUGUGGGCAAAUUUAUACCACGCAAGGAGCGCGAGAAGGAGCUUGGUGAGAAGGCCAAGCUUUUCACCAAUGUCUAUGUGAAGAACUUUACCGAAGACUUUGAUGACGAAAAGCUCAAGGAAUUUUUUGAGCCAUAUGGAAAGAUUACUAGCUAUAAAGUUAUGUCCAAAGACGAUGGCAAGAGUAAGGGCUUUGGCUUCGUUGCCUUUGAGACCACUGAGGCUGCAGAGGCUGCUGUUCAGGCGCUUAAUGGCAAAGAUAUGGGCGAUGGAAAAUCAUUAUAUGUGGCGCGUGCCCAAAAGAAGGCGGAACGUCAGCAGGAGCUGAAGCGCAAGUUCGAGGAACUGAAGAAGAAACGUCAUGACUCCGUGUAUGGUGUUAAUUUGUACGUAAAGAACCUUGAUGAUUCCAUCGAUGAUGACCGUCUGCGCAAGGAGUUCUCGCUAUACGGCACCAUCACGUCGGCCAAGGUAAUGACCGAUGAGGAGGGACGCUCUAAAGGUUUUGGCUUCGUCUGUUUCAUUUCGCCUAAUGAAGCCACCUGCGCCGUUACCGAGCUAAACGGACGCGUUGUAGGCAGUAAGCCAUUGUAUGUGGCAUUAGCACAACGUAAGGAGGAGCGUAAAGCACAUCUGGCCUCGCAGUAUAUGCGUCACAUGACUGGCAUGCGCAUGCAACAGUUGGGACAAAUAUUCCAGCCCAAUGCCGCUGGCAGUUUCUUUGUUCCCACCAUGGCCCCGGGUCAGCGCUUCUUUGGACCACAGAUGGCUACUCAGAUGCGCAAUACUCCACGCUGGGCUCCACAGGUCCGUCCCGCCGGUGCAGUGCAGAGCGUGCAGGCCGGCGCUGCUGCCGCCGCUGCUGGUGGCUUCCAGGGUGCAACUGGUGCGGUGCCGGCUCAGUUCCGCCCAGCUGCAGCCGGUGCACGUGGUGCCCAGCCCCAGCAAGUGCAAGGCACGCAUGCCGCCGCUGCUGCUGCCGCAGCCAACAAUAUGCGCAACACUGGCGCUCGUGCCAUCACCGGCCAACAAACUGUUGCUGCACCAAAUAUGCAAAUCGCUGGCGCUCAGAUUGCGGCUGGUGCUCAGCAACGUGCUCCAAACUACAAAUACACCGCCAACAUGCGUAAUCCGCCACAGGCGUUGCAGCCGACCGCUCAGCCCAUGCCUCAGCAACUGCAGGGCAAGAAUCCGGAGAAGCUUAUUGCGUCACUGUUGGCCAAUGCUAAUCCUCAGGAGCAGAAACAGAUUCUUGGCGAGCGUCUCUAUCCAAUGAUUGAGCGCAUGCAUGCUACUCUGGCUGGCAAGAUCACUGGCAUGUUGUUAGAAAUCGAAAAUUCUGAGCUAUUGCAUAUGAUUGAGGAUAAGGAGGCUCUCAAGGCCAAGGUGGAGGAGGCCGUGGCCGUACUCCAGGUGCAUCGCGUUACCGAACCCGCUAACUAAGCUCGCAACAAGCGGAUGAUGAAAUUUAAUCAAGACACUCGACACCCAAAAAAUUUUUUCCUAUUUGCUUUCAAUUUACACACAACAACUAUUCACAUACUGAUGCUCAAGAAAAGAAAAAACGCAGCGUUCAAGAAUGAUGCGCACUGAACAACAACAACAAACAGGAUUAUAGAAACACUUAAACAAUUUACUGAGUAUUGUACAUCAUCAUUUAACAACAACAAUUUCAAUCAUUUAUUUUCGAACGCAUUUACGCAUUACACAGAAAAAGAAUUGUCAACACAUACACCCACCAGCAUAGUGAAUGCUGGUUUUUUAUAUAUUUUUACAUAUUUUGAUGUCAUCGAACUUGAUAGAUGAACACCUUUUGUCAUUGCUUGAAUUGAAAUAUGUUUAUAUUGUAUGCGUAUAUAUAAAAAAAAAAUCAUAAAUGAAUGGUCAAUGAUUAUAAUUAAAAAUAGAUGAAAGCGUUCAUGAAUUGCAAAUAUAGCCAGCAAGCUUCUUGUUUCUAAAAACCUUUAAAACACUUCACUAAUUUUUAACAACAAACUUAAUACCACGAACGCUAAAUGAUUUUUUCUUUUUAAAGCCACAUCAUUUGUUUCGAGAAUUCGAAAAACAACAAAACAAAUACACACUUUUAAAAAAAGGAAAAAGAAAAUCAUAAAAAAAAUUGCAAAAUGUUAAAACAAAAAACGAAACAAAAAUACAACCAAGCAGAGAAACCGCUAAAUUGAUUAAAACCGUUUUUGCUACUUUGUUAACAACAAGAACAGGAAAAAUGAAAAACACAUGUUGAAAAAAUACAAUUUAAAAAAAAAAAUAAAUGAAAAAGUAAAAAACUAAAAAAAAAUUGCAAAAGGAAAAAGUAAAAAAAAGUAUAUAUAUAUAUUAAAAACAUAUAUGAAAAAUACAUACACGAAAAGCGCUAAAGCGUGAAAACUUAUGAGGGGGAAAAUUGAAGAAAAAGCAAGCUAACUAAACGCAGAAGCAAGCAAACAAUUUUAUGUUUAUAAUGUAUAUUGAAACCGUUUCUAAAUAUUACAUUGCAAGAACAGAAAACAUGUAAGAGAGAACGCCAGGAAUUUUUUAAAUUGCGUUCGGCCUAUCGUUAUUAAAAAAGGAAUCAUAAAUAUUGCAAAUAAAUAAUGUUUUUACACAAUAUAUAUAUAUGUACAUAUAUAUAUUUAAAGCGAAAGAAAAAUCCGCGCACGGCACAUUUAAAUCGUGCCGUGGAAACGUUCAUAUUUUUUUAUUAAACAAGAAGGAAAAUCACGCAAAAAAAUCUUUAAAUAAUUGCAAAAAUGCGAAUGAGUAAGGAAAAGAAACCACAAAACAUUAUCGAAACAAAAUAAAAAACCGAAUUGGAAGGAAUUGGGGGAACUUGCCGAGCAAACUUUAACUUUUGUCAAAUAUUAAUAACAAACACAACAUAUAGCAGACAUAUACUGAUAUAACAAAUAAUUUGUAUGAUUCAAAUAGAAUUGUUAAAAUUGAUUGCAUGAGUGUUGAAAAAUUACAAGAAAAGCACCUCGUUGUGUGAGCGUUCUUAAAAAUAUUUGAGUAAGUUGUAAUAAUCGCGGCGCAGUCAAGAACAAUAAAGCAAAACAUUUGUAACCCAAAAUAUUUAAAUGAAAUAAAAUUCCACUUCGGCGAAAACAAA